UUUUGACCCUUUUGUAGUCAUUCAAAAGAGAUAGCCAUAACCUGUGUCGGCUGGAGUAAAAGACAUAUUGAAAUUCAAAUGAGUGAGGAUAAUGACAUGCUGCAAAAUGCAGGGGAGACAAUCAAACCAUUUGUUCCAAUGAAACAUCUCCCCCACCUGGUCUAUUCUCUCUACGGACUGACGAUGGAGUCAUGCAAGGAAAUGGAUAGUUAUGACGACAGAAACUAUCACGUGAUUGUAAAGGGCCAUUCAGAAAACCCUUAUAUAAACCAUACCCUGCCAGAUGGUUAUGUCUUGAAAAUUCUAAACAAAAUGCAGUCCAAGAAUCCUAUAUUUGUUGAGGCUGUUCAUGCCCUUAUGGAACAUAUUGCCAAAAAGGGCGUGUCCAUUCCAAAAAUCAUGAAAAACUUGAAAGGAGAAACGAUGUCACUAGAAAAGAUAUACCAUUCAGAAAACAUACAAGAUUCGACCCCUUACCAUUUUUACCUCGUCCGUCUGUUGACAUACGUUCCAGGAGUAACCUUCUUUGAAAAACCAACAUUGCCAAGAAGUCUAUAUAACAUCGGUAAAUCACUCGGGAAACUGCACCACUCGUUAGAGGGUUUUCACCAUCGAUUCUUCGAUAAUUACAAAUUUAUGUGGAAUUUGACUGAAGUAGAACGCUUACGUGACUUCUUGGUCGGAAUUCAAGAUGAGAAGAGGAAAGCCCUUAUGAUUGAGAUCAUUGACGCAUUUACAAAGGAAGUUGUUCCAAAAUAUGACAAGCUCACAAAAGGUAUGAUACACGGCGAUUUGAACGAGAGCAAUAUCAUAGUACAAGAUUGUCCUGUGCAAGACAGCGUGCCACAAGAGUCACGUGUUUGUGACGUAGCAGCGAUUAUAGACUUCAAUGACGUUGCAUUGUCUUACUUGGUUUUCGAUGUUGCUAUUUGUAUCGCCUACAUGUCCAUAAAAUGUCAUGAAAUGGACCAAAAAGAUGUAGGGGGACAUGUGCUAGCUGGAUAUUUGUCAGAACGCAGUUUAAAUAGCACAGAGAGGGACGUUAUGAAGGCCUGCGUCUGCGCAAGGAUUGCGCAAUCCUUGGUCAUGGGAGCCUACUCCUAUUAUAUGGAUCCUAACAACACAUAUGUACUAAAUACUGCAGCCCGUGGUUGGCCAUUAAUUAGUAUGCUAUGGGAGAUCCCAAAAUCAGACAUUGAUGCACGCUGGAAUAAGAUUAUAGAGGAGUACGAGUGAUUUUUGUAUCCAUCUUGUG